AUGACGUCAUUCGCUCGCCGUCACAGCCCCGCCCCCCGCUGUUGGCGUUCGUGUCCACGCGCCGAUGACGUCGAGGCGCGUCUCCCUGGGCAACCACCCGCGGAGUUUCCACCCCCAGACCCCGUUGCCGUGACGACAACGAUGGCGGAGCGCGACGCGGAGAGCAUGGCCGAGGAGGAGGAGGUCGCGCCGCCUCGCGCCGAAUCGCCGCCGCUCGAGGAGCCGCUGGCGCAGCGCGUACGCGGCCUGCAGCAAACAAAUGAAGUCCUGCUUGCAGAGACGGAGAUGUUUGAGAAAUACUUUAACCGUUUGGAUCCCAAAGAUUUAAACAGCACUCCUUCUCAGGGUCCGACACCCACCACUUCAAUGCAGGACCUGCAGACCCGGGGGCUGCGUCGCUCACGGUCGCGAGGCAGUUCGACUGACCGACCGCUGCGGCUCACGGCGGCACAGAAGUGCGAGCUGGCACAGACGGAACUGGAGCAGCUGCGGGCCGAGCUGUUGAGCACGGGCGUAGAGGCUGAGCAAGUCCUCGACACCUACAAGGCCACGAUGGAGGAGGCAGACAUUAGGCUGACAGAGUUCAGGAGAGCGCAAGUGGAGUUCGAGCGCGAUAUCCUUAAGACCAAGACGGGCACUGGCAAGGGACGAGACGCUGCCAGAGGGUUGGCUCGGCUGCCGGCCGACAAGAUCCUGCACUACAUGGAAGACAGGAUUCAUGCUCGGGAUACGCUGAUAGAGAAACUGCGUUUAAGGAAUGGAAGCCUGAAGAUGCAAAACAAGAAGAUGCUCCUCCAGCUACAGCAGAAGGAGGAGAUGGGAGAGGCUCUACACGAGGUAGACUUCAGCCAGCUGCAGAUUGAGAACAAUCAAUUCGUGGAGAAAAUUGACGAGAGGAACCAGGACAUGCUGAGGCUGAAACUCACGGCGGCUAACACAUUGCAAGUCCUCAACUCCUACAAGAAAAAACUGAACCUGCUUAUGGAGGAGGCUCGGACCAUGGAGCGUGACAUUGCUUCUCGGCACGAGAUGCUCAAGAGCAUCGACGUGGAGACCGUGGCGGUGGAGGAAGAGAGGAUGAAGGCAGAACGUCUGAACAGGCAACUGCGGGCACAGCUGUCCGAGUUCCGUGUCCCUCCCGUGAUGGAAUACGUGCAGCACAAGGCCCAGUUGCUGGACUUGCAGAAUGAAGUGUGCAGCUGGGAGCGUAAAGUGGAGAUUGCAACGACGCAACUACAGGCUCACAAAAGCACCUGGAAGAGGCUGAAAACAGCCAGCGUUCAGCACAAGGAGUAUCCAGUGCCAGACUCAUCACAGCACCUCCCCAGAUAAUACAAUUGGGAUAGAUCCACUGGUGGAGCCA